CAUCUAACGACUGGCAUUCCUGCUCGCUCCCGCUGGUAAAACCAGGGGCCAUCGUGUCGAAGAAAGCGCGGAACUCUCCCUCGCGACUCGCUCCCGCUCUUUGGUUUUUGUUGGUCUCGCAGAGUUCGCGUGUCGCGUGUGCUCCCCCCGUUUCCUCGCGGUUAACAAUCAUCGUCAUGGCGCGAGAGCGCCGAGGGAAAUGAUAGACGCGCGACCGGGCUCACUGCAUCGUGCCGGCCAAGCGUAGUCGUGCGUAGACGGGCCUAUAACCCGUGUGCGUUGGCACACACAAGGAGAGCGGCGGCGGUCAACCUCCCGGACGAGACCCCACACUUGGCGGAUUCCUAUACGAACGGCUGCCACCCUCUCGCACCCCGCGCUGCGGAUACACAGGUACGUCGCUAACUUUCAUCAGCCACUCCAUGCUUCCCAUGAAUGCCAUGGCACAGAAAGUGGUACCAGGAUCAGAAUCUGGAUCGAUGAAACCCUUAACGGGAACCGGACUAAGCUAUGUCACCCUACAACCACCCAGUCAACCGCUUAGUCUGGUCCAGGACCAUAGGCCAUCAGUGUAUCAGACACCACCGUACAUCAGUGGCAAUGUGGAGGAGCCAGAAACUGAAAAAUUGAUCCCGAAUGGUGUGGAGAUCACAAAGACGGAAACAGAGCAAGACGUGCCUGCUGUUACAAAACAAAAUGAAUCUAAUAGAAACAACAAUUUAAGUCCUGAAAAUCCUGUUCAAGAGCAAUCAUGCGAAAUACAACCGGAACAGGUUUUGACAUCCUUAAUGGAUUUUCCAUUGAGUACCUCGUUAAGCACACCGGCACAAAAUAAAGUUGAAGAAAAAAAGGCUCCUGUAAAUAAUGGAUCAAAAGAAUCAGAUGGCAAAGCUAUUAAUACACCUGUACAUAUAAAACAAUCUCCGCACAAACCAGAAGAUGUACAAGCAAAGAAUGAAGUUCCAAAGGCCAAACCUACAAACCAGAGUUUGAAAGUACCAAACGAUAAUGCUGCUGCAACAUUAACUAGUACAUAUAAACCUGAUGCAAAAGUCACUACCUCUCCAAAGACAACUAAACGAAAAUCUAGAGAAUUGAAAGAUUUGAAAGUGUCUGCUGCAGCUGCUGAUGGAGCAAGUAAACCCAAGAGGAACCGGAUUCAAACACAACCCUAUCAAAGUCCAUUACCAGAAAUUGCUUUAUUGGUCAAAAGCCUCAACAAAACUCCAAGUUCUAAAACUGCUGAUGAGAAACUUAUCGUAUUUUACAAAAACGAAUUUUUGGCUGUGAGGAAUGCCGAGGGAAGCUUUUAUGUCUGUCAAGCAAUGCAAAAUAUUUAUAAAUCAAGCAGACGUAUUCGCAUACGUUGGCUAUCUCAAGAUAAAACCAAUGGUGAAUUCUAUUCACCAGAUUUCUACGAUAACAUAGAUUUUGAUUGUAUAUUAACAAAUCUGAAUCUAAAUAAAGUUGACAAGCAUAAAUUCUGGUUAACACGAAUAGAGCUGCUACGUACAGAGAAUAUCUUGAAACGAGCUAUCGAUGUUGAGGCUGGAGUGUCCGAGAAACCUCGAGUUACGGAGGAGCAUCCCGAUGGAUUGGAUUUGUCCCUCUAUAAAGAUGAGUCGCAAUUGAAGAGAAGAAAAGGCUUGCAUAACGAAAAACCGAAUCAACGUAAAAAGUCUAAAAGAGCCGCAAGUUCCACGGAUGAUGACGCGGACGAGGAAGAAUCGGAUCGAAAUCGAAAAACACCCAAGACAAGCCGCGCAAAAAAACGAUCGGUUAAUAAAGCAUUAGCGAUUGCCAAAUCCGUCGCGAAAGGCAGUAGCAGAGCAGAGAGAGCGCUUAAUAGAAGCACAAAAUCUGGCAAUAGUUUAGGCAACGACAUUGUUACUACUGCUGCUGUUACAACUACUGCUACCAUCACCACCUCUGUUACUACUGCUCCAGCGGUAGCUACUACUGCUACCGUUGCUGCUACUGCUGCUGUUAGUGUUACUACUACUAGUACAACCACUGUCAAUCCCACCACCAAUAUUUCCGCUGUAGCGGAUGCCAAAAAUAAUGCAGAGUCGAAGAAACUGGACUUGAAGAAAAAUGGCAAACAACAAAGUAACAAUAGCAUCAGAGGAGUUCCAAGAAUAAAACUCCCAGGUUCUGCUCAAGCUAUACAACAAGCCAAUAAAAUGGCAGGGCGUCCGAAGCGCGUGGCCGCUACCACCGGCGUUCUCUCGAGCGAGGAGGCGCCUUCUCCAAGAAAGAAACCACGCGGUCGAGCAUAAAACUAACUUAACGUUGCUUUUUUAUGCUAUAGUUACAGCCGAGUCUGUAUCGUAGGCAAUAUGUACGUGUGGUACACCUCUUGAAAUUGCAAUCAAUUUGUUAUGUAAUAUAUACAUAUAUACGGAUUUCGAGAUUCUUAAAUGUAUCAUGUGUUGCGAUAAUAUUAUAGUUCAAUGAUACGGGAUCAACGACUUGUGUCUCUGAUUCGCCAAGUCGCAUUUGAAAAAAAGAAAAGUUAAAAGUUAAAGAUAAGGAAAAAAAAGACUCAGAGAUUUAUGCGAGCGAUAUUGUGAUAUCAUACAAAAUUUGUACAUAUCGUCUACGUCUCAGACUCCUUCAGAAGAAGAAAGUCAUGAAAUGUGUGGGAACGGUACCUUGAGUUGAGUAAUAACUAAUCUACAGGGUGUCACAUACUAAUGCACUCUUGCAAUAGUCUAUUUUUGAUGUUGUGAGUGAACCGUACGUGAUUCAGUUAAUUUUAAUGUACACUUUCCAUUGAAUAUAUGAUGAUAUAUACACUAUGUACAAAUAUACAUGUGUGGGAGGGGUGGGAAUUAUAUGUAUUCUGUAAAACAGAAAAAAAAAGAGAGGAUAAGAUACAGACAAAUGAAAUGUAGUAUCGACAAAGAAAACAAGAACAAUCUCGAGCGUUACCGAUUUCCCGAGCUAAUCUUCAAUCGAUCGGUAAAGGAUCUCGAAGUACAAUAUAUUACUGUACAUUAUGCUGAAUCUUUGCUGUUAAAAAGAAUAGCACGUAAAAAUGGUCCAGCGCCUAUAUAAAGACAGGCAAAGUAAAGUGCCCUGAAUUGUCUCCUUGUCGAAUCAAGGAUUCGCGAAAGAUUCGCAAGCGGAAAGUAGCACGUUUUGCUUAUAGUUUCUUGAAUUUGCACUUGCGGCAGCCCAUCAUUGUAAAAUCGCAGGGUUCAUAUUAAACAAAGAGAGAGAGAGAGAGAGAGAGAGAGAAAAAGAACGAGCGAAAGAGUGAUGCCACAUUAUUACGAUUUAGCUACAUAGAUGUAAUUCUAGAAGAAGUGAAUGAAACAGAGCACUUAUUUAGAACGCUAAGUCUUGAAUCGAACUGUAUAAAUUUUUGAUUUAAUUUUGAUGUACGUGUUAAUUUUAAUUUCGUUUUUUUUCGUCAUUUAUGUAGAAUGACGAAGUGUAUAUUUAAUAAUAUACGUUAGACGAUUAUGAUUUAGAUAUACAUAUAUAUAUAUAUAUAUAUAUAUAUAUAUAUAUAUAUAUAUAUAUAUUGCGCAAAAUUAAAUUCAUAUAUAUAUUUUAAUGUAGCACAUAAAUUUUAUAUCGCGUCGGCGUACAUUCGUUGCUAAGAACGCAAGCAUAUGUCAGCGUUUCUUUACGAGGAGGAAAGUCACAUUUAGAAUGUGCAUUGUUUGUUUAUGUAUUGUGUAACGUGACAUAUAUAUAUUUGUUUUCCCUUCUUUUUUACACUAUAACAGUAUACAGUAGAAGUAUAUGAGAAUCUUAUAAAGCAGAUAGAUUAUUUAUAACGUUAUAACGAGGUGUCGACAAGUUCGAGUACGAGCGAAUGAAAGCUCGUACAUUGUCGAUUACACUAACGAGGACGCUAACGGGUUUCUUUUGAUUAAGAUUUCAAUAUCAGGAUAUGUGUAAACGUAUUUUAUACAUCGGCCGUUAAGAAUAUUGACGUUCCCUUGCUUGAUUUCGCCUAGACACGUGUACAUAAAGCGAUUAGAUAAUCAAAAUUGUGCAUACGAAUGUAGCCGGGAAAAGAGAGAAUCUCUCUUGCGGUAUUUUGAGAGUAAAAUUACACGGGCGAUCACGUUGCAAUUUGCUUAGCAUUUUACACCCGCGCUUUCCGUUUAUCGAGUAAUAAUCCUCGAUAUUCGCUUUUUAUUUUUUUCGUCUGUCAUGGGCGCUGUUUAUUGAUGAACGUCGGGUGUAAAUGACUUGACUUCAAAUGUGCCGUUUAAGGAAAGAAAGAGGAAAAAAAGCCAAAAAACAGGCAUAUCGACCUUCGUUCGAAAAAAAAAAAAAGAUACGAUAUAAUUAUCAUAAUUAAAAGAUUAAGGUGGAUUUAAUUCUUAAAAUGGAAUACACGCGAGUGAGAUGUCGUAUUUGGUCCAUUGCACAUUGUAUUUGAGAAAUAUACCACGCAUACUGUAUAAAUUUAAUGAAAGGUUCUAAUAUAACAAUACCAGCACAUACAGAGAACUGUUUGCUCAUAUUAUUAUUAUUAUUAUUAUUAUUACUUGAUACUACGCUUUAGGGAAAUGCUUGCGCGUUUUUAUUUCCUUUUUUUUUUCUUUUCUCAAAACGAACGCGAUCGUCUUACAACAACGUGCAAUCGGUAAAUGCAAUUACGUGUAAUUGUCGGCGUAUAAGGCAUGUACAUGUACGAUAAACUCGUCUUAUUAAUUUACGUAGCUUUUAUCGAGGAAAUCACACAUGUUCUUUAUAUAUAUAUGAUAUACCCCUGACUUUAUUAGAAUAUAAUACAAUUAAGAUAUGUUUAAUGAAAUAUAAUUCAAGUACGAAACGUUGCGCGAGAAAUGAUUUUUCCCAAUUACAGAUAAUUCAUUUGCCGGAUUCCCCUCGUUCCUACGUGGAUUCCACGUAGAAUACGACAAUUUCGUCUUAAGCUCCCGAUAAUUCUUACACAUAGAUAAGGACAAACGUAUCUAUCGUCGGAUCGGAUCGGACAAUGAUUGUCGCGCGCUCGAAAAUGCGCAAUCUGAAAAUAUGAGAAAAACAUUAAAAUAAAUUCUGUAAAUCGAUUAGGAGAGCAUUUUUGACUCGCGUAACGAUUAAGUGUCUUAACAUUAGCUUUUAUUAGAUAUACAUAUUAAAUAUAAGCGCUUCGGAUGCUGAUUUGCUAAGGUAAUCAAAUAAACCAACUGUACGAUGUAUAUAUAUCCGUUGACAUAUAUCGAUUAUGAUAUAUGUAUAUGUAGGACUAUAAGUGAUCAUUUUUCUCUCUCGCAUCGUUUUACGUCUUUAUUUUUUCUGUCGACUCUACCUGUAACGGUAAUUUCAAGUACAACGUGUACAUAUACAUAACUUGUUCGCACUUAACGCGAGAGUGGAUCGGCGAUAGGUUUGCGCAUUUCUUCGUAAAUGGACGAUUCUUUUUUUUCGCUUUCGAUCGUGAUAAGAAAAAUUCUUUUAGAUAAAUAAGCACGUGCGCAUAAUUCUCCUCCUUUUUCUUUUUCUAGUUUAAGCUUGUAUCGUGUGUCUCUUGCGAUUCAUCCGUGAUUAUGAAAUUAUGAAUUCUGUCAUGCGCCCGAACACCCCGAUUAUUUUGAUCUUUUAACUUUAAGUCAUCCGAGUUGAUUCCGAGACAAUCAGGUCACUAAGUUUCUCAAAUUUAUUUGAUAAAGAUUAUAUAUCAGAUUGUAAUUUUUUUUUAUAUUUAUAACAUUUUUAUAAAAUUGUGCAAUUAAAAUUAAUAAAAAGAUGCGUGUGAUAAGGAUAUACGAUGCAUGAUAGGGUUAAUAAUAAUUUUCGAAAAAAAGCAAGGGAUACUGCUAAAAAUGUGAAAAUGAUAUAAUUAAUAAUCAUAAUCGAUUAAUUCAUCAGUUUUUUCUUUUUUUUUUUUUUUGCGCUUGUGUAUCCAGUUUUGUCUAGUUGGUGCAGUUUUCGCGCGUCUCGUGCUAUUUCAAGUGGCAAACGUCAAAUAUGUUAAAGAAAGAAACGUCCUCUCCUUUCCCACCCCCCUCCCCGGAGAGGAGUUUCUUUAUCUCUGAUUUCGACGAGAGUUGAUUUAUCUUUUCGUAGGAUAACCGUAAGAUUAAGAGAUAAGCAUUUUACGACCGAUCCGAUUUCUCGGACACUCUAGAGGGUGAGAUAUGUAUUACUCUUCACGCAGUUCACGCUCUCUCGAUGGUAAGUCGAAAAUUUAACGCAGAUAUACAAAAGUGUUUUUUGUACAAAGGUCAUUUGGUUAUGUAUGUAUAAUAAAGUGACGUCCAGAAAUA